ACGACAUUUACACGAUGUUUAUAGUGUGGUGACAUCGUCACGGUGUCGGGGAGUGUCUCCGCUGUCUUGCAAUACCAGAGAUAUGAUUUUGACAUAAAUUGUUGAGGUUGAAUGUGUUCAGAAAGGUACCGAAGUGAGAUUUUCUGACGGCGCACUUCGGCCUACUGCGAGAGGCUGCGAGCGGGAAAGUCACGCGAUUCCAUCGAACGAUCGCACUAUUUUGAUGACGAUGUUUGAAAUUAGCGAAUGCAAUUUUUCUCCGAUCACAUGCACGUAGCUGAAGGAUAGAUAUAAUGUCGUCGUGGGACUGGAUGGGCUCCCUAAGGGUGAGAGAGGGUCUGUGGGAACCAGCGUGAUGGACCGGUUGUAGGGUGCAGUCAGAGGCUAUGAGCAGCAACGAGUGUUUUGGUUGCGGCCGAACAGGCCACUGGAUCAAGAACUGUCCAAAUGCAGGACGUGGACGUGGCAAGGGCCGCGGCAGGGGAAAAGGUGAGAGCCAAAUAAAUGGUCACUGCUUGGUUGUUUGUACGAAUAACGUGCAUUUCUUUUGUCUCCCUCUAGAUCUUUUCUGCUAUCGUUGUGGAGAACCAGGACACGUUGCGAGGGACUGUGAGAGGACUGAGGAUGCAUGCUACAACUGUGGCAGGGGUGGCCACAUUUCCCGGGAUUGCAAGGAACCCAAGAAGGAGAGGGAGCAGGUCUGCUACAACUGUGGCAAGGCUGGCCACAUGGCCCGUGACUGUGACCAUGCCAAUGAGCAGAAGUGCUACUCUUGUGGUGGUUUUGGACACAUUCAGAAAGGCUGUGAGAAAGUCAAGUGCUACAGGUGUGGCGAGAUCGGCCAUGUUGCCGUACAGUGCAGCAAGGCGAGCGAGGUCAACUGCUACAACUGCGGAAAAUCUGGCCACGUGGCGAAAGAAUGCACCAUCGAGGCCACCGCUUAAUCCUGUCUCCUUGUUCGCCCCUCCUUUUUCUGAUUGAUGGUUGUAUUAUUUUCUCUGAAUCCUCUUCACUGGCCAACGGUUGGCAGAUAGAGGCUAUUCCCAGGCCAGUGAGCUCUUGACAUGUAAAAGGAGGAAAGGGGUGGAAAAAACUUUCCACUUUCUGCAUUUAAUACAAAAAAAAUGUUUGUUUAGUUUGGUAGAGGUGUUAUGUAUAAUGCUUUGUUAAAGAACCCCCUUUCCAUGCCACUGGUGAACAGGGAUGUGUGAGUUGAGUGGAAGAACAUUUGUCAGGUAGGCCUCUAGUGGCUCGUGGAAAGUAGCCUCGGAGAGAUCAAAGAAAAAAAAAAGAAAAAAAAACAAACGGUUAAAAAAGAACCAUACAAAUCAAGGAAGCUUUAGCUUCUUAAUGAUAUGCAUUUUUUGUUUCAUCAAUGAGACUGAGAUAGCCUAUGAGUGAUUGACCUGGAAAGCAGCACAGGACAUAUACUGUCAGGUCUAUCCAGGCCAAACCAGCAGUACGCAGCUAUGUGGAGAGAAAAAAAAACGUUAUGUGUAAUAUAACGCAAACAACUUUAUAGCAUAUUCUGGAAAGAUCAUGUAAUAACAGUUUCUGAAAAUGACAUCCUUUGUAAAACAUUGGUUGUUUGAUCUUUCAGAGCAGCUAUUAUGUUUAAAACCUAGUUAAUGAUCCCAAAAUUGGAAUGGAGUUUUGGUUGUUCUACCCAAGGUAAAAACUUCAAUAAAAUAACAAUAAAACAUGGGGGGAAAAAGCUCAUUAAACAGAUUUGGAGUUAGAAAAAAAGGUGAAUGUUUUCAAAGAAAUCAAAAUGUUAUUUUUGUACACUUUCACUUAGACUACUCUAAAAGAAAAAUUAUAAUUUGCUUGUACUCAGUUUUUAAGUCAGAAGGUAAAUGCAACUGAAGUUCUAGGACAUAGAAAUCUAAUUUUAAACUAUCAAUAAAACUGGAGGAGGAAGGGG